UGUGUUGUGACGUUCAGCCAGUUGGGUCGUUCUCGUAGGCGGGCACCAACACACGCGAAUAUUCUGCCAGCGGCAAUCAGGCGUGCGUUUUGCUUUCCUUCGCUUCGCUUCGUUUUGUCGUAUUUUUGGUGUCUUUUGUCUCGCGUCGCUCGCUGUGAAGGCUUCGCGCUGCAAAAAACUACGACUGGAUACAAACGGUGAAGCAAAGUUCUUACAUUUAUUUAUACAAUAAAAGCAUUAAAUAAAAGCACAAAUAAUAAAAAGAGAAAAGUGAAGCCCAAGUGAACGAUAACGUCAGCCGCAUCCGCAUCCGUAUCUUUUCUGCGGACACAGAGAACGGCAAAGGCAAAGGCAAUAGCAAAAGCAACAGCUACAGCAAAGGCGCUUGACAGCGGAACGGAAUCGGAAUCUGAAUCGGAAGCAGAUGCCCAAAACUAUGCAGCAUUAGAGAUUGGCAAGUCAACGCAGACAAGUGAACAUUUGGAAAUACACUCAACCGAAAACACAUUCAUUCAUUCAACCAAGAGCUGAGGUUUUGUGAUUAUAAAAAUGCGAUCGCUGCUGCUUGUGCUUUGGCUGGCUGUGCCGCAUCUAAUUGCAGUGCUGGGCGCAUUGGAACCAGAAUUGGAUGAUAGCAAUGAAACGGAUAAAUUCGGUGAACAUCGACUGACGGAUAUCAUAACCGACGAGCACUACCCGAGUAUAAAGUUCGGCGAGGGCGAAGAUGGGUUUCCCGCGUUCAAUUUUUUUUCCACAGCCGAUGUGAAAUCAUACUCCAAAGUGCUGUUACCCCAAAAGCUAGCAGAUUUUGCCAUACAAAACACCUAUAAGCUGAGCUCUCUAAAAGGUGGCUAUCUGUUCAGUGUGCUGAGAUCUAUGGACGACAAAGUGGUGCAGUUGGGUGUGCACCUAUCGCCGGUUAUUAAGAACAGCUACAAUGUGACGCUAUUCUAUGCACAGCCCGACCAAAAUGACAAUGUUAAGAUUGCCAGCUAUCCGAUUGCCCAUGUGCCGGACAAAUGGAACUCGAUUGCAUUUCAGGUGUUCAGCGACAAUGUUGUGUUCUUCUAUGACUGCAAGGCCGUUAAUACGACGGCCAUAGUGAGAGAUCCCUUUGAAUUGAGCUUUGCCUCAUCGUCGGUGCUUUACAUUGCGCAAGCUGGCUCGCAACUGGGAGGAAAUUUCGAGGGAUUUUUACAAAACAUCUAUCUCUAUACCAAUCCCGAUGCCAUAACCAUGCAAUGCACGGCGCCACCAAAGCCAACGGUCGCAUUGCAGCCGGAUUUGGACAAUGAAUUAACUCUCGAUUCGAAGUCGGAGUCGGAUGUUUUGUCAGAUACUGAAGUUGACACGAAUUCCUCGACCGAUGAUUCAACAGCCGAUGAAAAUGAUCUUUCCAAUCCGGAAUUCUGGGCAGGGGCAACGGACAAUUACGACUCCAGUGACCUGCAGCCCCCCGGACAGACGGAAUAUAUGCUCGAGAGAUCACAUCGUGGCAUCAAGGGAGAGAAGGGUGAUCGAGGACCAAAGGGCGAUAGCAUACGCGGUCCACCUGGUCCUCCGGGUCCGCCGGGUCCCAAAGGUGAAACGCCUAUCUACCCACCCUUUGUGGAGACACCAAGUGCGGGGGCUAAAUACACUGGCGAAUGUACAUGUAAUGCGACUGAUAUCCUGGAGGCCAUCAAGGACAAUGAGACGCUACGUGAAACGUUGCGCGGCCCGCCCGGCACACAAGGACGAGAUGGAAAGACCGGAGCCCCUGGACUUACCGGUGCCACUGGUGUGACUGGCGCUCGUGGCCCGGAAGGUAUCCAGGGGGGGAAGGGCGAGCCAGGCGUCGACGGCAUGCCCGGCGUCAUGGGUCCGCCAGGACCACCGGGCGCGCCUGGCUUGCCGGAGAGCUAUGAUGAAUCCUUAAUGGGCAACUCGAUGGGCAGUCUGCGUAGCUCGACAGCGACGCAGGCGGGACCUAAAGGAACGACCGGCGAUAAAGGUGAGCCCGGACGUCCAGGAGAUCGCGGUGAAAAGGGUCACAAAGGUGCACACGGACCCACCGGACCCAAGGGCGAGCCCGGGGCCCCAGGCCUACCCGGAUUGGCCGGUCAGCCGGGCGAUGGCAACGGCACUAAAGGUGAGCGCGGCGAGAAGGGCGAGAAAGGGAUGCGUGGACGACGCGGCGGCACUGGCGCAGCUGGACCAAUUGGACCACCCGGCAAACCCGGACCCACCGGUGAUAUUGGACACUCGGGACGUCCUGGUGCAACUGGACCCAAAGGCGACGCCGGUCUCAAAGGCGCCAAGGGCGAUGCAGGCGGACGCGAGGGGGCAAAGGGCGAGAAAGGCGACCGAGGUAGCGAUGGUCGCGAUGGUCUGCCAGGUCCACCUGGACUGCCGGCCACAGCUGGAGCCGGCGAUGGCGACAGCGGCGGUGUGCAGUACAUACCGAUGCCUGGUCCACCGGGACCACCUGGACCGCCAGGCUUGCCAGGUCUGUCGAUCACUGGACCUAAAGGCGAAGCUGGUAUGGACUCGCGUGGCAGUUUCUUUGGAGAUGCCUCCUACUACGGACGACCAGAGCCACCUAGCCAGAAGGCGCAUUCGCAUAAGCAUGGAGACUCCAUGGGAGAGGGCGAGGAGUUGCCACAUCUUUCCGCAUCAUCAUCGAACAUGAACAUGAGAAUCGUGCCAGGUGCAGUCACCUUCCAGAACAUUGACGAAAUGACAAAGAAAUCGGCGUUCAGUCCACCGGGUACUCUAGCGUAUAUUACCGAAGAGGAGGCGAUGUUGGUGCGCGUCAACAAGGGCUGGCAAUACAUAGCGCUGGGCACUCUAGUGCCAAUUGCAACGCCAGCUCCGCCCACCACAGUGGCGCCUUCACUGCGAUUUGAUUUGCAAUCGAAAAACCUGCUGAAUAGUCCACCUCCAUUGCUCAACACACCAACGCUUCGCGUGGCGGCCCUCAAUGAGCCCUAUGUUGGGGAUUUGCAGGGCAUUCGAGGCGCGGACUUUGCCUGCUAUCGCCAAGGCCGACGAGCUGGCCUGCUGGGCACAUUUAAGGCGUUCCUCUCCUCCAGGGUACAAAACCUGGACUCCAUAGUGCGACCUGCCGACCGGGAUCUGCCUGUGGUGAAUACCCGCGGCGAUGUGCUCUUCAAUUCCUGGAAGGGCAUCUUCAAUGGCCAGGGCGGAUUCUUCUCGCAGGCGCCGCGGAUUUACAGCUUCAGCGGCAAGAAUGUCCUCACGGAUCCACUAUGGCCACUUCGACUGGUCUGGCAUGGCUCGCUGCCGAAUGGAGAGCGCUCCAUGGACACCUAUUGCGAUGCCUGGCACUCGGGUUCGCACGAGAAGUUCGGCUAUGCCAGCAAUCUGCUGGGCAACAAGCUGCUCGAUCAGGAGCGUCAGCCUUGCGACGGAAAACUGAUUGUGCUGUGCGUGGAAGCCUUGUCACAGGAUCGGCGGAAAAAGCGUGACCUCAGCAGUCCACAUAGUCACAGUCACAGUCGCAGUCGGCACAGCGAGCUGGAGUUCAGCACGGCCGAGGAGUAUGGCGAAUAUUUAGACAAUUUACUGCUGUAAGAUGAGCAGCGGCGAGGGGCAACGGGGGGAACAACAGGAAGCAGUAGCGGUAACUGAAACUGAAACUGUGACGAGAAUGCUCGUAAUAUAAAUACCAACAAUACCAAUACCAAUAUCAUUACAACCGACACAGUCUCAUAAACACUCACUCGCAAAAGUAUACCGCCACCCAUACACACAUAUACAUACUUACACAUACACAUACACGGAGCGAACAUUACAUUAAAUGUAAACGUAAAUCAUGGCCAUGCAUAUAAUCAGCGAAUUCCAAACUAAAACCAAAAAAUACUCAAGUAAGCGAUGCGACGAUUGGGACGGAUUAACAAUUGCAUAGUGAAAUACGAGUACAUAACAUACUCAUAAAUACUUAUGGAUAAUAUAUAUAUAUAUAUAGGAUGAUAAUAUAUACACAUACUUAUAAAUAUUAUUUGUAUUCUAUAAUUUGUAUUAUGUCAUUUGUAAUUUAUAACUUGUAAUUUGUAAUAUUCUUAUGUUCAGCAGACAGGCAACAACAAAAUGAACUUUUUGUAUUCGUAGUUAUAGCCAAUAAAGUAAGCUAAUUUUGUAAUUUAGUCACAGCGAAGGCGAAGGCCCUUUUAGGUUAGUCUCGAUAAGAAAACAAAAACAACAACAACAACAACAAGAAUACUAUCAAUAUUGAGAGGCCAAGCGAACCAAAAAAAAACAUAAAAUGAAAAA